AUGGUCUCAUCGUCAGCCAGAAACGGUCAGCAAGUUGUCAUCAAUUUUGAUGACUCACCAUCAGACCACGUUGCCUCCACCAAAACGAAAGACGAAAGCAACGUUUCUCAAUCACCCGUGAAAGAGACGUUGUUCACCAUCUUUCAGCUACUUUACAAUUGCAAACUGGCGACCUCCGAUAACUUCCUCAAGGAAAAAUGUCGCUAUAUCAACAUCCUGGACGGGAGCUUUUACAUUAACACACUGCAGUCCCUCAAGUAUAACGACUACUUAGUCUCACUUGCCGAAACUGUAAUCAAUUACACCGAUAACCUCACAGCUCCACCCCUCAAUGUCGGACAACUUCUUCAAUUGAUGUCCAUCCCGAAAAACUUGAUCAAGGAUUCUCGAGAGAAGCGGGAAUUGGUUGUUGGGAUUAUUAGGAAUUACGAGGAUAACCUAAGAUCCUUGAGAAAGACGUACGAGAGCAUUAAGCAGCACAAGAAGGACCUAACCAGGGACGUAGAAAACAUGCCCGUCAGGGAGGUUGAAUGUAAAAAGUGCAAGGAGUGGUCCGAAAGUCUUUCGGAGAAAUCGAAAAGAUGCCUUUAUCUUGGUGCAGGGGUUUCACUGUGUAAUGCAUUCUACAUGAUUGUAAUUCUCCUAGAUGGUCACAUGAGAAUUUCAUCCACAUGCUUUUCGAUUUUUACCAUCACGGCAAUUUCACUUGCCAUCCUUAUCCUUGGGAUUAAGUUUCACUUUGAUUCCAUUGGAUGUUUGAAAAUUUCGGAAGAAAUAAAGGCGAAUCUUGAAGAAACGAGAAGGGUGAUGGCGAACACGAAUGAGACAGACACCAAGGUCAUUGAGCUCAAUGUGACCAGCCUCAUUCGGAAGAUCCCGAUCAUUUUGGAUUAUUGGAAGGAUUUCAAGGAAUCUCUCGAGGAGUUGAGUGAUGUAUUCAGCUCCCGCGGGCAUAAUUUUGAUCCAAUCCAGAUGGGUGACAGGUGGAGGGCGAUAAAGGAAAGUUGUGAGAAUUAUGGCCAGGCUGUGCGCGCUGUCUUGGAGCAGAACGAUCAAUUGAACGGAAGGGACUCUAAGAAUUAG